GCGUCGCUCGCUCUCAGUUUUAAAGAGGCGUCGGUGGAGGACGCAGUGGUGGACGACGAACUCUUCGACAAGUGAGAAGAGACGAGCUUCUAUAUGCGAGUGUGCGGUGCGGAUACAAAGGAGGGAACGCGAAAAGGGAGAUAAAGAAAGAUAAAAAGGAACACGCGAAGCGAGAACUCACCGACGCCCGAACGAUCUUACGAACGAACGAUCGACUGAAAUAUCAUUGAUUCUUCAUUUACUCUCUUGAAUUCCUUCACUUUCCCGUAUUCCCAACUUCACUCUUUCCCGGAUAUCUCCUUUACCCUCCGCUAUAUCUCACCGUCAUAUUUUCGACGUCGAACAAACGAACACUGAACGAAUAAUCCCUCGAGCUAUGGCAGCCACCGCCAUGGAUCCAGUCGACAUUGCGAACAUACUCGCGCAAGAACUGCUCUAUCAGCAGUUGGUAUCUCUGGACGGAUUGCACAGCGGGGUACCGACCAGAACGACGCCGACGUUGACGCCGACCACCCUCCGCAGCAUCGAGCAGACGUUCCUGGAGCUGACGAGCGAGUCGGCAACGACGCACGGUCGCGAGGCCGGUUUCGUGCCACCACUGGUCGAACCGUCGCAGCCGACUCCGGCACAGACGCAGAACACGACGGCGGCGCAUCUCCCGGUGCCGACGACGACCACCCUCAUCGAGAGCAGCCAGCAACAAACGCAGCCGCAGCAGCCAGUUAGACGCAACAUGGGUGGCAGGAGGCCCACCAGGACGAUCGGGAUGACUCCCGAGGAGGAGGAGAGGCGACAGAUCCGGCGCGAAAGGAAUAAGAUGGCAGCGGCGAGAUGCCGCAAGCGAAGGAUGGAUCAUACCAAUGCCCUACUUGAAGAGACCGAGGGUUUGGAACAGAAGAAGCAGAACUUGCGGGAUGAAAUAGAUCAACUGAAUCAGGUCAAAGAGGAAUUGGAAUACAUUUUAGAAACGCACAGAGCGGUCUGUCGCCAUUCGCUGCGCUCUUCGUCCCCGAUGGAUGUGAAACCUGUGUUAAAGCCUGAUCUUCCGGUGGAGAAUCACUUCGUCGAGCCUGUGAAGAGCGACACGACGGUGGCCGCGUCGACGAGACCGAACAGACCUAAUUCAUUGCCGGUCGGAUUGGAUAAUAACAACAGACUGAAUUCUCUGGCGAUGUUCGCCGAACCGAAGGAGAGACCGGACACGCUUGCUUUCAAAACAGUGGAAACCCCGGCUUUCAUGAAGCCGUCGAUGGACGUGGCCGGUAUGCCGAUUACUACCCCGACCAGCGGUCUUGGAUUUAACUUCGAGUCCCUAAUGGAUGGUGGCACCGGUCUCACGCCGGUCUCGACGCCUUUGAUACCAUCGUGCUCGACGCAACAGAGGAACAAUCUAUCAGCCGUGGAUCUCAGCUCCCCGGAUGCGAAUCCACCGAAACUCGUGAGCUUGUGACGCCACGAUGACGUAGCGAACCACGGAUCGAACGAGGAGAACGAUCCCGAAUGAGAAUGAAAGUACCAUGACGCGAGAAGUUUAAAUUUUUUUAAAAAGAAAGGAAGGCAGAAGUAUUAAGCGCGCCUGCUUUUUACAACGAAAUUUUAAAUCGUUUUCACAAGCUCUUUCACGUGAUUUUUGCUUAUUAGAAAGCGCGAUUUUUAAAGCAUUUUAUUGUGACAGUUUGUCGAUGGUUAUAAAUUUAUGAAAAUUGUAAACUAAUCUACGUAUUUGUUCUUAUAAAAUAAGACGAAUAAAACAAGAAAAUUUUUGUGAGAACGCGAUUAUUUUUGUAUGAUAUUUUGCGAAUGCAUUGAUCUUUAACAAAAAAAAAAGAAAAAAGAAAGAUUUAUUGUAUUUAGAUUUUAAUAGUCUUGUGGAUGCAGUCUCAGUAUUUUGCCCAUUCGUAGAGGACAAGGCCAAUUGAAACUUUGUAUUGAUCGAUGAUGAAAUAAUUUACUACGAAGAUAAAUUUUAGAACAAUAAGAUAAUUAUACAUUUGAAAAGAAGAAGCGCCCAGUUAUGUGCGCCUUAAAGAAAAUCAUCGCAGAUAUAAGCAAUAAUGCUGUCUGCAUACAAGUGAUAUAAAUAUAUUUAACGUUUAAAAUAAUGCAUUAGAAAUAUAUAUAAUAUAAAGAAGAUUUGUCAUUUUGUAAGUAAAACGAAAGAUGGAUAAAAUUUUAUACUAUGAUUCUAUACUGAGAAUAGAAAUUUAGAUUGUAAGGAAAAAACAAGUUUAGCUCAAAACUUCUAAAUACACUAAGAAAUCGCAAGAGCUCUUCGAAUUGAGCGCUUAACAUUGAUCAAUAACACAGUUCGCAUAAUUUAAAAAUAUAUUUAAUAAUAUUAUAGAGAGCGAAUAAAAUUACGCGAAUGCGAGAAUUCCUAUAUUUUGUCCAACGUUUAUAAGCUGAUAUUUUGUACACUGGUAUGUAUAAAAGGAAAGAUUAUUGUCUCGCUUUCAUGCUA